AAUGUAUGAGACCACUAUUGCAGUUACUUCAUCCAAUUCUUCACGUUAUUUCAGUCCUGGAUGUAAAACUUGCCUGUAUUUACCAAUUACCAUCCAAUUUCAGGAUAAGUCUGAGACAAAGGACUCAGAUGGCAAAGAAUCUGCUGAGGAGGAGAAAGACGAGCAAGAAGAUACUGUAACUGAAGAGAGCGGUCUUGAAGAAAAUGUCACAAUUGCUGGCAGUAAAAAAGAUCCCCUUUUGAGAAGGCAGGAGUUGCUAGUCAAGAGUGGCCUUGCUGAGCGGCUUAUUGAUGUCUGUGUGGAGAACGCUGAGGAAUUCCUGAAGUCUAACUUUGCCAAAGAAGUCAUGUAUGAGGUGGCCGUGGGAGGCUGUGAUGGUAUUCUUUUGCCAACUCUGAGCGAGAAUCUGCGUGAGCUGUACCAAGCCAUUGCCUCUGUAGCAGCAGAGCCGAAACCCGAAGAAUCAGAAAAGAAAUUCACAGCACAUCCUGGAAGACUUUCACUCAAGCCGAACAAUUAGAAGGCUGGUCUUGGACAGCCCUACUUUUGCUUCCAUUCUUUUUAAGAAGCCUUGUCUGGAAAAUGUCGUUCAUGGGCUCAAGGACACUGUUCAAGGAUAUUAUCUGCUUUCUUAGAGACUCAAGAUGUUCAAGUGCGUGAGAUGGCUAAGGAAGAGCUGCAAGUGUUGGUGGACGAAGGUGCUCUAAAGAUCACAGGAACCAAGAAGCCCGAAUGAUGCACAGCCAGUACUGCUGAAUCACUUGGCGGUUUGUGUUUCAGUCUUUUCAAACAGGUUUCUACUAGGUUUUAGAGAAUCUGGGAUUAUGUCAAAGUUUUGUUUUUUUUCUUCCUUCUAUGGUUUAUUACUUUAAUGCAGCUUCAAACCCCCCACCUUUAACAAUGUACUCAUACUCGAUCUUUAGUUGCAUAUGUUUUAAUUAAUAUCACAAGUUUGUUGUCGAA